AUGACUGCCAAAGGAGAACUUACUUUACUUCAACUGAUGUGGCAUGGUAUGCGGCCAAGUGGCAAGCAGCAGGCUACUGGCAGCAAGCAGCAAGCAAAUGGCAAAUGGCAAAAGGCAAACGGCGGUGCUUCCUCCAGUCUUGUUGUGAAAUUUGCCGAUACUGAGAAGGAGCGACAGAUACGACGUAUGCAACAAAUGGCGGGUCAUAUGAAUUUACUUAAUCCCUUUGUCUUUAAUCAAUUUGGACCAUAUGGAGCUUAUGCGCAGCAACAGCAAGCCGCUUUAAUGGCUGCCGCUGCCACUGCACCCGGCUCGUAUAUGAAUCCGAUGGCCGCAUUGGCAACGCAAAUACCUCAUGGCUUAAAUGGCACCGGUCAGCCAUCGCUGCCCUCACCGACCAUGCCUAAUUUCAAUAUGGGCGCUCAAACGCCAAAUGGACAACCUGCUGCUGCAGCGGCCGCGGCAGCUGCCGCCGCUGCCGACGGCGUCUUUACAAAUGGCAUUCCGCAGACGGCGUUCCCGGGACAUCCACUCCAUUUAACGAUUCCACCACAAGGUCUGCCAAAUGGUGAUGCUGCCGCCUUACAGCAUGCCUUCACUGGAAUGCCACCGUUUCCAGGAGUUGCCUUUCCCGCCGUUUAUGGACAAUUUCCACAAGCUUUACCACCACCUCUAGCGGCGGUUGCACCCACUCAACGUGAAGAUUUUCUGAUGUUCCCAGGAUGUUCGAUUUCCGGGCCGGAGGGUUGUAAUCUAUUCAUAUAUCAUUUGCCGCAAGAGUUUGGCGAUGCGGAAUUGAUGCAGAUGUUCCUGCCAUUUGGUAAUGUGAUCAGUUCAAAGGUCUUCAUAGAUCGUGCUACAAAUCAAAGUAAAUGUUUUGGUUUUGUUUCAUUCGAUAAUCCUGCCAGCGCUCAAGCGGCCAUUCAGGCAAUGAAUGGCUUCCAGAUUGGCAUGAAAAGACUGAAAGUUCAACUAAAGCGGCCAAAGGAUGCCAGUCGACCCUAUUAACAAUCGGAGUUCCUUAAAGCGUUACACAACAUUAACAAUUACAAACGAUUACUUCUUGCGAGAAUAAUGAUGAAACAGUAAUUCCAAAAGCAACAAAAAAAGUUAUAUAUACAACAAAAAAUCCCUAUUACCAAAUAGAACAAAAAAAUUGAAACAAAACUAAAGAAAAGCGCAGCAAACAAAACUCGAAAUUCAACAACGGUCAGCAGUAGAAACUCCCAGCAACAGCCGAAGGAAUAAUAGCAAAAAAUAGUAGUCUUCAGAUUCCGUUUCAAAUUAAAAAAAUGAGACCGUAACAUAAAUUCACUAUCCAACAAAUGUGCAAGUUUACAAUAAUGAAUUGAAUAUCCUAAUAAAAGCCGACAACAAAUACACAACAAACAAAAUAAAAGAGGUCAGACCACAGUUCACAGGCAAAAUCAUACAACCAAGCAAAUUAAAAGAGUCUUACCCAAUGAUGUAAAUCCAGCUUCCUAUCGCCUAACCAGCCGGCCGAUCCGAUACCAAACACAAGCUUUCAUCGAAGCGCCUCUAAACAAUUGAUUAUAUGAUUAAAACACGUCAACACACACACAAGCAAAUAAGUAUAAAAGUGGAAUUCAUUUUUUCGAAACGUCAAUGAAAACCAACACGCUGAUAAAGUGUGUAAUGAAACAAUGUUAUUAAAAAUUAAUAAAUAUAUACAAAAAACCAAAAAAAAAAACAAAAAAAAUUUAGAACUGAAAUACCGCUAACGGAAAUGCGCGUACGAGUAGAAAAAUAAAAUGGAUGUCGAAGAGACGUUGAACAAUUUUUGCCAAACCAAAAACAAAAUUAAACAUACAACAAAAUAAUAUCGUAGAUAUAUAUAUACAACACACGCAUAUACAUUAUACACAUAUAUACAUGUAUGUAUAUGACAAAUAUAUUUAUUAAUUAACUUUAUCGCAAGACAAAAACACCGUGUAAGAAAAAAAUAUUAAAUUUGACUCUUAUUAUCAAAGGAUUUCUUUAAAUUUUCAAAAACUUAUAUUUGAAAGUUUAUGCAUCAUUUUUUAGGCACACAAUCACACUUUGAAGUUUGAUAUUCCAUUCAACUACAAACACUUUGCAUACAUAGAUAUAUUAAUACAUACAUAACUACAACAAUAGUGGCAUAAAUUAACCAAUUAAUUAAUUAAUUACCACUACAAUUCAGAUUAUCACACAAAUACAACAACCACAACAAAAGCUGACUGGCAAAUGCGACCAAAACCGAAAAAACUGAACUGUUCUGGGUUUUCAAAUACAAAAACAAAUAUAGAAAAAAAUGCAUUAAUAAAAUUAGAGCAACCCACAAGUUGCGAGUAACUGAAGUAAUUAAAUUAAACACAAAAA